AUGAAUGGAUUGAAGUCUCUUUCUGGCAACAAGCACCUUAAGAGCAAUGGGAAUCCUACCUUGUUGGUCUUACCUAAAAAAGUUCUUAAAUCACUCAAUCCAUCAGUUUACAGAAACGUUGAAUAUGAUGUUUGGCUCCAAUCCAAAUGGGAUCAGCAAAAGCAAGAUUUUUCUAUUGCUGCUGGCAUGCAAUACUCAGUUGGAGAUAAAUGUAAAGUGCGCUUAGACCAUAAUGGGAAAUUUUAUAAUGCUCAUAUUCAAGAAGUUUGCUCAGAGAAUGGCCCAGUUGUUGUAUUUGUAGAAGAGCUUGGAGCAAAAAAGCCAGACCGGGAGAGAACUGAGGAUGCGAACCAUGGCAUCAGAGAUUGUAACUACUUUGGCCUGUCUCCAGAGGAACGCAGGGAGAAACAGGCGAUAGAAGAAUCUCGUUCGCUUUAUGAGAUCCAGCAGAGAGAUGAACAAGCUUUUCCUGCUCUUCCCAAUAAUCAGUCAGUUUGUCAGGCUGCUACACAGACUGUGGAUAGUUUAAACCAGAAAAAGUUCUCAAGUAAUGAGAGAAGAAACGGCAAGUGGACAGCAGAGGUGGAAGAGCAGAAGGAUAAAGAGUCAAAUUCCAGGCAGACCCAUUUAAGUCAGAAGCUUGAGCCAAAUUCAUCUGAGAAGAGUGGUCAAGAUAAGAGUUACCCGAAAGCUUCAUCUCCUUUGGAACAAGUGAAAACAGAUUCUCCGAGUCUUGCUGAGCAAGUAAGGAAUAUUAGUUUGAUUUCAAAGCUUUCCAGUCAGGAGACUUCAGACAAAGGGGAGCUUCAUCACAGCCACAACGUGACAGAAUGCUUACCAAGCAUAACUCCAACACCCUCACCAGUCUUUUCUGAGGUGCAUUUACCUCCAACAGUGCCUUCUGUACCAGCCAUUGUGCCAACUUGGCCUAGUGAGCCAACAACCUAUGGACCAGCAGGUAUUCCAGCCCAAAUACCUGCUUCUUCAUUGAUGCCAGCCCCAGCAACGGGACCUGACUCUAUUUUAUCACAGGCUCAGGUAACAUCUGCUCCAGUUGCUGGAGUUCCCGUGUCGCUACAAGCGGUUAACCAGCCUUUAAUGCCUUUGCCUCAGACUCUGAAUCCUUAUCAGGAUCCACUAUACCCUGGAUUCCCUUUUAGUGAAAAGGGAGAAAGAGCUGUUGCACCCUCUUACUCCCUGUGCAAUACUGGGGAAGACUUACCUAAAGAUAAGAAUAUUCUUAGAUUUUUCUUCAAUCUUGGUGUGAAGGCCUAUUUAGCUGCUUGUAGAAUGUACCCAAAUGUGUCCCUUCCCGUGUACCCACACAACCCCUGGUUCCAGGAGGCUCUGCCGACUCAGAAUGAAAACGAAACUGUGCGAACAAACAGGCACUUUCCUGUUCAGAACGAGGCCAGAUCCAACGGUCAGAUUCCACAGGUUGAUGGUAGAUCUCAGUCGCUGCCUCUGAUUAUCCCUACAGCUCAGGUGUCAGAAAGCCAAGGACAGGUCUGCGUAGAAUCGGAGAAUCCAGUGCAAGCUCUUCAUGCAACCUAUGAGGAGUCGCUGAGAGGGAAAAACAUGUUCCCACAGGCACCCUUUGGACACAACCACUUUCUAGGAGCUGUUCCAAUAGCACCUCCUUUCUUUCCUCACUUCUGGUAUGGGUACCCAGUUCAAGGUUUCAUUGACAAUUCAGUAGCGAGACCGAACGUUGUCAUAUCACCGGAGGACAAAGAGGCAACAGCGAGCGCCUCUGUGAACGCAUACGUGGCUAAAGAGUGCAGCCCUCCAGUUCCUGUAGUAAACUGUGCAGAACAGCUUCAGAAGCCAAACAGCAGCAGCAGCAGCUCCAGCACCGAACCCUUCCCUGUGGCUGGCACAAGCAGUGAGUGCAGCGCCCCAAAAGAAACUUCAGCUAGGGCACCUCAGUUGGAGCCAGCUCGUCCUUUGGCUUCUCCUGCUAAGCAAAAAACAGCACCUGGGCAGCAAAAUCGUUCUCUGCCAUCACAGGGGCCGGAGAGGCAGACAGCGGCGCCCAAUGCUCUGCCACUGUUGGCAGAAACACCGAAAAAUGAACUGAAAAAUAGCAUUCCCAGUUGUAAGGAGAAGACUGAUAAAGGUCGAGAUUCCAAGGGUGCCGCUAACCUGCAGGCAGAGAGCAGGGCACAGCGAGCCAGGGAAGAGAGCUCUGAAGAUGAGAGUGACGUUUCCGAUAUGCUGAGGAGUGGGAGAUCCAAGCAGUUUUACAACCAGACUUACGGAGGAGGCAGAAGGCCCAGGCUGGAGUGGGGUUAUUCCAGCCGGGGAGGGUACCAGUUCCAAAGAAACGAGGAAGCCUGGAAAGCUCCACCCAGCAGAAGCAGAGAUGAUGGCUACCAGUACCAGCGAAACUUCAGAGGGAGGCCGUAUAGGAACGACAGGAGAAGGGCAACACUGGGAGAUAAUCAGAGGGGGCAUCAAGCAUAG